AUGCAAUUACUUAGUUUUCUAUUGUUUCUGAAUUACUUUGAGCAAAUAUUUGCUGGCACAUCUGAUGUGGAUGCUGGCUCCUAUGACCAGGUUGAGGAGCCAUUUGGCAAUGUUGAUUUAUCAGUUACAGAUAACAAAGGACUUUAUAGAGCUGCAUUAUAUGGAGCUUUUAGUUACAGUGCAACAAAUGCUGCUAUAGACUGGUUGGCUGUCUGCCGUCAAUGUAAAGAUGAAAAUAAAAUUCCUAAAGUUGAUUGUUUAACUGCAUUGAGAAGCACUGCACGCACAAUUAGUAUUGGUGUAUUUGGUGUAGCUGCCUGGGCCAAUGGAGCCUUAAAGAGAGACGCUGAGUAUCAAGGUGCUAUGACUUGGGGUAACAUAGUUAAAAUAGUGAUAACACCUUUACUAAUACUAGUGUGGUUGAUCACUUUGAAGAAACACACACGCACCCCGAACAUGUCAUCAUCUACAACGAAGAAUUAG